AUGGCUCAAGGGAAUUUAUUUAUGGUAGUUUCGGUGUAUGUGGAUGACAUCGUUGUUGGUGGUAAUUACUCGAGCCAGUGUCAGUAUUUCAAGAGAUAUCUAAACCAGUGUUUCAGGAUCAAGGAUUUGGGAUCUGUAUGGUUUUUCUUGGACAUCGAAGUUACAAAGAUGAGUUCAGGAUUGUUUCUUAAUCAGAAGAAGUAUAUACUUGACAUUCUUACAGAGUACGAGAUGUUGGGAGCUAAGCCGUUGGCAUUCCCGAUGGAGCAGAAUCACAGACUUAUAGCGGACUUUGGUUUGGCUAUUGCUGACCCGAGUCAAUAUAGGAUCCACAUCAGGACCACUGAGAGGCUUACGAUUCGUGUACUACGAUACCUCAAGUAG